AUGCGGAGGAGGGGGUAUCAUGCAGCCGGGUCGGUCUCGGGUGGCGCCGGAUCGAGAUUGAUAGCAGAGCAUUUGCUUUUCCUCAGCAGCAUCGAGCACGUAGAGCUUGCAGCCGCCCGCGCCCCGCGGGUGCCGCCCGAGGUCGCGAAUUUUUUGUUGUUCCUCCGCGCGGCGCCCUCCCCGGGGCGGCCCGCGCAGGCCGGCCACGGGGGCGCGCGCAGGCUUCACACCGUGUGCCGCGGCGCCGCCAUUCGCUCCGCCGUGUGCGCGUGGCACAUAAUGCACCGUAGGACCUCGGAGGCGAAGCUUCCGCUCCUCUCGUUGGUGUGCGACAAAGAGCGCCAGGAGAAAAACGUCGCACUCGCCCUCGGGGCUCGGUCCUUAGAGCACAACAGGCGGGCGUCUUCGCCGCGGCUCGGGCCCCGAGGCCGUCGCCGACCGGUCGCGCAGAAGCACGACGCGAAGGAGGGUUGGGAUGCAUGUAUUCGGCACGCGGUGUGCCGUUAG